CACCCCCUGCCGACUCUCGCUUAAGUCCCGCUCCGCGCCUGAGCCUCCGCGCCGCCGCGACUCCUCCCUCGCUGGCCGGCACCUCCAUGUCCCGGGCGUCUGGGACAUGCUGCCUGAUUGCUUGUCCGCCGAGGGCGAGCGGCGCUGCCGGCAGCUGCUAGCGGGGACCACUGCCCGGCUGCGCUCGCGGCCUGCGGCGGCCGCGGUGCUCGUGCCGCUGUGCCUGGUGCGCGGUGUCCCGGCGCUGCUCUACACGCUGCGCUCCAGACGCCUGGUCGGGAAGCACAAGGGGGAAGUCAGUUUCCCAGGUGGUAAGUGUGAUCCCGACGACCAAGAUGUAAUACAAACGGCCCUUCGGGAGACCCGAGAGGAGCUGGGCCUAGAGGUGCCCAAGGAGCACGUGUGGGGUGUCCUGCAGCCUGUGUAUGACCGGAGAAAGGCCACCGUAGUCCCUGUGCUUGCCAACGUGGGCCCACUGGAUCUGCAGAGCCUCAGGCCCAACCCUGAGGAGGUGGAUGAGGUAUUUGAGCUGUCUCUGGCCCAUCUGCUGCAGGCCCAGAACCAGGGGUAUACCCACUUCUGCCAGGGUGGCCACUUCCGCUACACAAUGCCUGUCUUCUUGCAUGGACCACACCGUGUCUGGGGCCUCACAGCUGUCAUCACUGAGUUCACCCUGAAGUUGCUGGCCCCUGGCAUCUACCAGCCCUGCCUAGCUGUCCCCGAGCUGCCUAGGAGUUGAGGUCUGGCCUUUAGGGGCCUCUGCCUUCAUUUGAGCAGGCUACUCCAGAGCCGAUUAAAAGAGUCUUUGACAACUUUA